AUGGAUGGCCGUCGGGAAGGCGUGAAGUGGCUUCGAAAGGUUGUUGGUGAGAUGGAAGAGCAUGCGCUGCGGUCCCUGAGCGCAGCGGCUGGCUUGGGGCUGUUCGAUGGCAGCGGAAAGUCGCUUUCUGGCGCCAAAGUUCGGGCAUCGUUGGUGAAGUAUCUGGCUCCUGAGGAUAGAAAGGAUGAUCGGAACGAUAUCGGUGCAAGACUUUGGUGUUGGGUGUCGCAAUGCUGUGAGAGCGACGCAGCACUUGGCACGGAAUUGUUGAGGCAAACAGUGGCAUUGAAGGAGCACAGGACAAGGCUACUGUCGAUUUUGUCCGGCAAAUCAUUGUCUACUGUGGAAGGAUUGCAUUUGAGUGACGAGCACUUAUGUUCGCGUGUUGUGGAUGCCACGUUGCCUGUGCUGGCUGCCAUCGAAGCUGCCAAGUCGCGCAUGCCGGUUGCACCGCCCAAGGACUUGAUGGAUGUGCCUGGAAUUUUUACUUGCCUCGGAACAGAGAACCUUUCGCGGCACCAGAGCAUUGUGUUGUUAACGUGUUUGCUAAGCUGCCGGGACAUCGUGUCGAUGCAGAAAUUAGGUGCUUGGAGUCGCCUUGUGGAUUUUCCACGGGAACACGAUGUUUAUGAUGUUGCUGGACGCCUUUGGGAUGUGCACACGUUGAGAUCGGACUUUGAAUGGCAACCUGGCAGUGGCUACCAAGAUCGCGCCGAUGUGGCGGAGGCUUUGGGGUUAGGGGAGAUGAUUGGUGAGAUGUAG